AUGAACGUUACAGCUUAAAUAAAUCCCAAAAAUGGCAAAUAAGUUUGUAUCCAGCGGAUAUUCUUCCCUAAAAUUAAAAACGAACAAUUAAUUUUGGCUCUUCCUUCCAUUUACGUCUCUAUAAAAAAUAGAACGAACCAAUAGUGAGGAUUCCCAAAGCGGUCGGCCGGCCAAUAUGGGUUUCUUCUUCACUCCUCGCUUUGUUCUCAUCAACGUUAUCGUCAUUUUCCAAUGCUUUUCACUGCCCACUUUUGCUCAAGAUUUCGACUUCUUCUACUUUGUUCAAAAUUGGCCUGGAUCUUAUUGUGACACAGAAAGAAGUUGCUGCUAUCCGAGGACAGGAAAACCAAGUGCUGACUUUAAAAUCCAUGGACUUUGGCCUAAUUAUAACGAUGGAACUUACCCUUCUAAUUGUGAUCCAUCCAGCCCCUUCGAUCGAACCCAGAUAUCAGAUUUGGUGAGCAGUAUGGAGAAGAACUGGCCAUCACUCGCCUGUCCAAGUAGUGACAACACAAAGUUCUGGUCACACGAGUGGAACAAACAUGGAACUUGUUCCGAAUCCGUUUUAGACCAAUAUGAAUACUUCGAGACCACUCUCAACCUUAAAGCACAAGCCAACAUCCUCCAAGCUCUUCAGACAGCAGGAAUAAACCCAGAUGGAAGUCACUACAGUCUUGAUAAGAUUAAGAGUGCAAUCGAGGAAGGAAUUAAGCUAACCCCCGGAAUCAGUUGCAACGUUGAUGGGUCAGGCAACAGUCAAUUGUAUGAGAUUUAUUUGUGUGUUGAUUCAUCUGCUUCCAACUUCAUUGACUGUCCGGUUUUCCCAAAUUCAAACUGUGCUUCUUCUGUUGAGUUCCCCAAAUUUUAGAGAUCUAAUGAUCUUUUACAUUUGUGUUUUCUUUGUGAUUAUGUUCACAUUUGUUGUUACUAAAAUUAGUUUCCCUAUUUUCAUGUUUUCUUUUGUUGUGAUCAUGGAAAAGUGUAACUGUCGUUGGUCAACUAAUUUGGGUUAAAAUAUUAUAUAAUGAAGUUGUAUCUUUAUUGUGAUCA